AUGGCCCGGUCCACCUCGGGCUCCCUCUCCUCGGGCACGGUGCAGGAGAAGCCGCUCUACGUCGCCAACGAGAAUGUCGAGAGCAACGCCGCUGCCAUCCCUUCUGAAAAGGCAGCAGCCCACGACGACCUCGAGCGCGCAACGUCGUCGUCGCCGUCCACCACCACUCCAGAGCAGCAGCAGGUCGCUGCCGCGCCCGCAGCCGGCGGCCCUUCGCCCUCAGACUUCCCCGAUGGCGGGCGCGAGGCCUGGCUCGUCGUCUUUGGAGGCUGGUGCGCGCUCUUCUGCACCUUUGGCCUCAUCAACUGCGUCGGCGUCUUCCAGCAGUACUACGUCGCCCACACGCUCAGCGACUACAGCUCUUCCACCGUCAGCUGGAUCACCUCGACGCAGGUCUUCAUGAUGAACUUUCUCGGCAUCGUCAUCGGCCGCCUGUACGACAACUUUGGCCCCAAAUGGAUCCUGCGCAUCGGCACCGUCAUCUACAUCUUUGGCCUGAUGAUGACGUCCCUCGCCACCGAGUACUACCAAAUCUUCCUCGCCCAGUCCAUUGUCGCCUCCAUGGGCUCCAGCGCCAUCUUCCACUCCUCCAUGUCGAGCCUCGUCACUUGGUUCCUCAAGAACCGCGCCGUCGCGUUUGGCAUCAUGGUCUCGGGGUCAUCGCUAGCCGGUGUCGUCCUCCCCAUCAUGAUGGACCAUCUCAUUCCGCAGAUUGGGUUCCCGUGGACCAUCCGCGUUGUUGCAUUCUUGUUUCUCGGCCUCCUCGUUGUAUCCAACCUCACCAUCAAGUCGCGGCUCCCGCCAAAGCCGCGCCCGUUUGUCCUCCAAGAAUAUCUCGACACUUUCAAGGACGUCAAGAUGGUCCUGACCAUUGUCGGCUCCUUCUUCUUCAUGUGGGGCAUGUUCCUCCCCUUCAACUACAUUCUGCUCCAGGCUCAGGCUGCCGGCAUGACGCAGAAGCUGGUCCCGUACCUGCUGCCCAUCCUCAACGCCAUCAGUAUCUUUGGCCGUGUUCUCCCGGGUCUCGCUGCUGACAGGUUUGGCCGCUUCAACGUGAUGCUCUGCAUCGCCCUCGCGUCUGCCGUCUUUGUCCUUGCCAUCUGGAUCCCCGUCACCUCUACCGCGGGCAUCAUUGCUUUUGCCGCCCUUUUUGGCUUCUCCUCUGGGGGCUUCGUCUCCCUUGCGCCUACGCUGAUUGCGCAAGUGUCCGACAUUCGCUUCAUUGGUACGCGCGUCGGAACUGCUUUCGCCGUCAUGGCGUUUGGUGCUCUGACGGGCAGUCCCAUUGGCGGUGCCAUUGUGUCGCGCCAGCACGGAGACUACGUCGGUCUGCAGCUGUUUUGCGGCGUCUCCAUGGUAAUUGGAUUCGCUUUCUUCAUUGCCGCUCGCUAUGCCCAGGUUGGCUUCAAAAUGGCCAAGGUCUAA